AUGAAUCUCAUAAGGGAUUACGAAUCUCACUCAUCUUCUUCAGAGGGUACUGACAAUGCUGGUCGAGCUGAUUUGGACUAUUCAAGUAAACCAGCUAAUCCCAACGAUGAAAUCAAUGUUCAAAGUGUGUGGAAAGUUUAUCUGAUUACUUAUAGCCAGGCUGACGUUGUGCACUUUCCAACACGACAUUCAUUUGUAGCCAGCGAAAAUCAUGCACUGGUCCUGCUGGUUAGAAGAACAUCCUAAGUCCUGCGGAAGUCAUUUUCACAUGGCCCAAAAACUCGACAGAAAUCAGCGAUGGCUACCAAGCAAAAGGUUUCUUUACGAAAGCUGCGGUAUAUCCGUUCACUUUUCAGCCAUUCACAGAAAUUAUUUCAGUGCCUGGAAAUAUGUGACCAAGGAAGACAAGGAGUUUGUUCAAAGUCCUGGACAUCCGGAUCUCAGUGAUGGGCCCCCUAAAACUACGAGGGCAUCAUUCGCCAAUAAACCACAUUCAACCGGAAGUGAUGGCACGGAACCGGUUCGUGAUGACUCCUCGGAUUGCAAUGAAGAAAGCAGCCAAGAUCACAGGAAGAAAAAGAACACAAAAACU